AUCGGCAGGAUGAGCUCUGCCCCGCGCCGGUUCCGCUGCUUCGCGCUCUGCCUGUGUGUGAUCAGCGGACUCACCACACUCUCCGAUGUGUGUGCAUCAGAGGCCGCAGCUCCUCCAGAUGUGGAGCUCCAGGCGGCUGCAGCGCUGCACUCACAGUCAGCAGAGGUGCAGGAGCGGCCGGGCCCCCGAGAGCCCUGUGUGGAGGAACCCCAGGAGCCGCUGGAGCUGCGGCCAGCCGUCAGUCACGCAGACACUGCAGAGAACCAGAACCAGAACCAGAGCUUCAGCGAGGCGGCGAAGACCUUCAAGGUGAACUGUGAGAAGAGGAACAUCAGCGCUGAGGAGCAGCUUACGGUGCAGGUGCUGAACGCCUCUCAGGACCUGAUGGAUCUGCUAAACGCUAACAGCAGUGAGUGCUCUCUGGUGCUCUUCUACACCGGCUGGUGUCCGUUCUCUGCUAGCCUCGCGCCACACUUCAACGCCUUGCCCAGAGCCUUUCCCAGCAUGCACUUCCUGGCCCUGGAUGCAUCUCAGCACAGCAGUCUCUCCACACGGUUCGGGACCGUGGCGGUGCCCAAUAUUCUGCUGUUCCAGGGGGUGAAGCCGAUGGCCAGAUUCAACCAGACGGAGAGAACAUUAGAGACGCUCACAGCCUUCAUCAGCAACCAGACCGGGUUUGAGGCGAGCGUGGGUCAGUGUGUGCUGCCGGAGGAUCACGCUGGUCCUCUGCCGGCUGUUCCCGUGCGCAGUAUCGACUGGCUCUUCGUCUUCUCGGUUCUCUUCAUCCUGGGCUUCGCUCUGUACGCCGCCCUGUGCACCGACAGCAUCCGCUGGCUCAUUCCAGGACAGGACCACGAACACCAGGAGUAGAGCGAGUGUGUGUGUGAGUGUGAUCCUGAUUGUACAUACUUGUGAAAUAAAGAACUGUUGGAUGGUG